AACACAAAUUGAGCAUCAUUUGAGUACCAUGACAAACAAGCUUAAACUGCUUGACCUUGAUGCUUUCCUAGAGGCAGCCGUUGGCUUACUAGAUUUGAGCGAGACCAUGUUAGAAGGACCCACACACAGCCAGAGGAUGCAAUAUCUUGAGCUUCUCCUCAAUGCAACUGACAUACCCAGUCUGCUGCAGAACAACCAAACGUCCAUUCUGCUGCUCAUCAACUGCACCGGAGGCAUGGUCUCCCACACUGUGUCACAGUGUGAGUCAAACUCAAGUCUCCUUCUCCAGGAGUAUGGAGAUAUGUUUCCUUUGGUUUUAAAAAUAUAUGGAGCCUUCAACCACGCAGGGGACACCGGUGGUUCAAACAGUCAAAUAGUACAGACUCCAACUGCCACCAUUUACUCCAGCAGUCAUAGCCCAAAUACAAUGGGACAUUUGGUGGUUGGUUUGGAGACAGAAGGCCUCUACUUCAAGCUGCCCUCUCUCGCCUCGCUUGAGUUUUUGCAGGAGUAUUCCUCCGUCACUGUUGAGAUGUUCAGCUUUAAGCAGAACCCACUGGAAGCUGCAUCCAAUGAGCCUAUCUCUGGGGCUGUAGGCAGUCUGGAGCUGAGGAGCAACUCUGGCAAAAUCAGUGUUAGCAACCUAACUGAGCCCAUUGAGAUUAUGCUGCCUCGUUCUGGAGCUUUAAGGCCUCCUACCACGGAGGUGACAGUUGACAAUCAAAUGGCCAUCAUCACCUCAUUCAAUGUCUCAGAUCCUGACGCGACGGUGGUACUCACUAUGGAGCCCAACAAGGAUGUCAUUCUGCGACUCCUCUUAGCUGCGGGCUCCUCACCUAAUGAAACUAUGUAUGAGAAGGAGGUAUUCUUGACUUCCAAAGAUAACUAUCGCCGGUUGCUGACUCAAGAGUUUUGGGGUGGGAGGACUGGGACCUGGUUUGUCAAUGCCAGCCUCAACUCCAGCUGGACCAAGGGCCUCCAAGUUGCAAUCACUAUAUUCACCUCUAAGUGCAUGUUCUGGGACUCCAGCAAUGAAACAUGGAGCACCUAUGGAUGCUCAGUGGGGCCAAAGUCAGAGCCCGAGUUGACCCAGUGCCUCUGUAAACACCUGACGUUUUUCGGGAGCUCCUUCUUUGUGGCACCUACUCAUAUAGACCUGUCUCGCAUAAGCGAGUACUUUGCCACAGUGUCAGAUAACUAUGUGGUUGUGGUCCUGCUGAGUUGUUUCUUUGGCCUGUAUUUGAUGACUCUGCUGUGGGCUUGCAAUGCAGACCGACGGGCUUCGAGGAAGAGGAAGAUGACACUUCUGGAGGACAACCAUGCGUGUGCCAACUAUAAUUACAUUCUGAACAUUCAGACAGGAUACCGCAGCGGAGCAGGCACAUCUGCCGUGGUUUCCAUUGCCCUGCAGGGAACAGAGGGAGAGAGUGAGCCCCACCACCUCACGGACCCGGACAAGCCGGUGUUCGAGCGAGGCGGGGUGGACAUGUUCAUGCUCUCCACGCCCUUCUGCCUGGGUGAGCUCCAGAGCAUCCGGCUGUGCCAUGACAACUCAGGAGGACACCCUGCCUGGUAUCUGAACAAAGUCACAAUCCAAGACCUGCAAACUCGUAAGGUCUGGCACUUUCUGUGUUCUACCUGGCUGAGCUCAAACAAAGGAGAUGAGCUCAUCAAGAGGACCUUCACCCCAGCCAAGAAAAAUGAACUUGCCAGCUUCAGCAAUAUCUUCCAGACACGCACGUCAUCUGGGUUCAGGGAUGAGCACAUCUGGGUGUCCAUAGUGGACCCACCCCGCCGCAGCCCCUUCACCCGCGCCCAGAGGGUCUCCUGCUGCAUGAGUCUGCUGCUCUGCACCAUGGCCAUCAACAUCAUGUUCUGGAAGGCUCCGGUUGACCAAGACUCUCCUGUUAUUGUCCAGAUAGGGUCACUGGCGGUAACCUGGGCAGAGGUCAUCAUCGGUGUAGAGAGCGGCCUCCUCAUGUUCCCCAUCAACAUCCUCAUAAUCACCAUCUUCCGCAGCAUCAGGCCACGACUCCAACCACCAAAGGCCCAGCAGUGCGCAACACAGUACCAGAAGGCCCCGGCUGUUACCAUGCCAACACUUCUCAAGGAAACUGAAGAUGUGGUGAAUAUGCUCAGCAAAAGCCCCAAAAAUCAAAUCAAGCCCCUGGCAGGGAAGUUGCAGUCACCUGCAGACCUCUCUGCAGCUCUAGACGUCAUUCAUUCAGUCAUUCAUAUGAUGCAAGGGGAGACUGAGACUGAUCCUCACUGGGUGCACUGCAGCCAUUUUGUCCUGUACUCGCUGGCCCAUCUGUCAGAGUCCCUGGAGCGUGGGGGAGAGGGGGCCUUCUCCUGCAUGGAGGAAUACCACUGUGUCAAGAGCAUGAUGGGACUGCUGCUGAAGAAGGCAGAGAUGGUUUUCAUGAGCCACACAACACAGAGGCCAGUGCUUGUGGUGCAGAAGAAGAAGUCUACUUAUUGGCUCCCCUGGUGGUUUGUAUUUGUGGGCUGGUUCCUGCUGUUCUCCAUCAGCGGAGUGUCCACCUUCUUCACCCUACUGUAUGGCUUUGUCUAUGGGAAGGAGCUGUCCAUUCAGUGGGUCAUCUCCUUGGGUCUGUCGCUUUUCCAGAGCAUCUUUGUCCUGCAGCCGCUAAAGGUGAUAGCUCUGGCUAUCUUCUUUGCUCUCAUCCUGAGGCAAGUAGCUGUGGAGGAGACUGAGGAGGUGGAGAUGCUACUGGCAGAGCAAGAGAGGAGACGCCAGCAGUACUCUGGGAAGACAGCGUCCUGAUGGGAAGAAGGGGACUGACAAUCCUGAAUGACCCAAUAUAUGACAUGUCAAAUAUAAGUUUUUUGCUCAUACAGUUCAUGAAAAUUAUGGCAAUGACCUGUAUGUAUCUUGCU